AUGGAAGAUGACCGCGCAGCGCCUGCGGAUGCGACUGCAGGCCCCAGCACAAGCGGCCAGAGCCAUGCGCCUAAGCCCACAGUCAUCCUAGUGAUUGGUAUGGCCGGCUCGGGCAAGACCACCCUCAUCCAGCGCAUCAACUCCCAUCUCCACGCUACCCGGCGUAACGGCUACAUCAUCAACAUGGAUCCUGCCGUAACGCACCUGCCGUACGGAGCCAACAUUGACAUCCGCGACACCGUGAAGUACAAGAACGUGAUGCGGCAGUACAAUCUGGGGCCCAACGGCGGUAUCCUGACUUCCUGCAACCUCUUCGCCACGCGAUUUGACCAGGUCGUCCAGCUGUGCGAGAAGCCCCGCGACCCCCCCCUGGAGUACGUUGUGGUGGACACCCCCGGGCAAAUUGAGAUCUUCACCUGGUCUGCCUCGGGCUCCAUUGUGACUGAGCUGUUCGCGUCCUCCUUCCCCACACUGGUGGCCUACGUGGUGGACACCCCCAGAGUCACCCAACCGCAGACCUUUAUGUCCAACAUGCUGCAAGCCUGCUCCAUAAUGUACAAAACGAAGCUGCCCAUGCUGCUGCUCUUUAAUAAGGUGGAUGUAGCGCGUCAUGAGUUCGCCCUGGAGUGGAUGAGCGACUUCGACAGCUACUCAGCGGCCCUGGAGGCGGACUCCAGCUAUGCAGCCACGUUGUCCCGCUCUCUGGCACUGGUGCUGGACUCCUUCUACUCCAACCUUCGCAGUGUGGGGGUGUCGGCGGUGACGGGGGAGGGCAUGGAGGACAUGCUGCAGCAAGUGGCGGAGUGCGCCAAGGAGUAUCGGGAGUUCUACGUGCCCGACUUGGAGCGGCGCAAGCAAGACAAGGCGGCGCGGGAGGAGGCCCGGCAGCGAAAGGAGAUGGCCAGGCUGCAGGCAGAUCUCGCGGCGUCCAAGGUCCAAGAGGGCCAGGGGCCUGCGGCAGCGGCAGUGGGCAGUGCUAAUGGAGGUGCAGAGGAUGGCGGAGCAGUAGCAGCGGGUGGGGGGGCCGGCAGCAGCACGGCUGCAGGAGCGAAGGGGACGGGAGCAGAGGGUGGGAUGGCAUCUGCUCAGAUGGCCCAGGGUCAGGGCCAGGCUGGCAUGGCAGUUGAUGGCGAGGUGGAUGCUGAUGAGGAGGAAGGAGGACGAUCUGAGGAUUGCUGUGCGCGAAAUGUUGGUUUUGCUCUGUUGGUUUUGCUGGUGGUGUUGGUCUACAACGAACCGGCAGAGGCAAAUGCAUGCAGGAAGCAUUGCGUUUCCAGGCUGCAAACCCUUUACAAAGUCCUCAAGAUGCAGCAUGGCCGGACAAAAUACCAGAAGCGCAAGCUGGAUGUUCAUCACAUCACGGAUGUGAGGCACCUGCACGUGCCGCUGUUCAACGCGGAGCGGGCCUGGGCCUAUGCCAUGGAGCUUAAGAAGGAGGCGGAGGCGCGGGGCGGGGGCGCCGCGGGGGGAAUCGACCCGCGGAAACGCCACCACCUCAUCGGCCGCCUAGCCAAGGCGGUUCUUUGGGCUUCGGAGCUGGCCCGUUUCGCCGCCGCCCGCUCCGACACCCAGGGCGCCCUGGAGGCCGAGGCGUACUGCUGCUGGAUGGGGGGUAACCUGCUGCUGGAGAGGGAGUCGGACUGGGAGCUGGCACUGGCCAAGUUCACUAGGGCCAAGAAGCUGUGGCAGGAGCUGGCCAAGGCCUGUCCGAAUCUGGAGGGGCAGUCGCUGUACCUGGCACAGGCGAGGAGGGAGAGGGGGAGGGUGGAGGAGAUGGAGCCCAACAUCCGGUACUGCAAUUACCGCAUAUCCCGGGCGGGGGGUGCCGUACCCGCGGACCCCUCCGCGCUGCUGUCGGCCGUGUCAGAUGUGGGCGCGAGGGGGGGAGAGCUGCCCGGCGGGGGAGACCUUCUGCAGUCCAAGUUGGCGGCGCUGGCCCAGGAGGCCCAGAUGGCGCAGGCCGCCUCUACGUCGUACGUGUCGUGGAUGGGAGUCAACCACCCCGUACGGCAUGAGCGCGUCAAGUUGGCGUUGCACCAGGCAGCGGAGUUUGGCGCCCAGGCGGAGCAGGUGAUGGACUCCGGGGAGGGUGAUGUACUGGACUCCCGACUCGCACUGUACGACAAAGCCAUCAACGCACUGGCCCAGGCAAAGAGCCAUGUACGGAAUGCCGUGAAGGGUCUGGCAGGUCCCGAUGCCGAGGCGCACUUCAAGGAGUUGGAGGCUCUGGAGGUGGCGGUGGAAGGUCUGCGGCUGCAGCGGACUGUGGAACGAAGUGAGGUGCACCUGGCGCAUACCCGGACGCGUUUCGUGGCGGGCCUGCAGAGGCUGGCGGCCGGGAAGAAGAUCAAGGACAAGGAGCGCCACGCCCGGCCCGAGGAGGUCGUCCGUGUGUGCGACCUGCUGUCCAGGUACCUGGAGGACCUGGCGGACCUGGGGGCCAGGAUGGGGGGCAGAGCGGGGGAGGCGCUGCAUGACGUGGCGGCGGCAAGGGCCCUGGAGGCCUGGGCCCUUCUGAGCCGGUCUCAGGACCGAGCCAGUGCAGCUGCGGACCAGCUCCGUGGGCUGCCCGCGGGGGACCCGGCUGCGGAGGUGCUGCUGCGGGGUCGUGACGGGCUGCUGGAGGAUUUGGGGGAGCUGGUUAAACAGGCGACUGCAUACAAGGCCGUAGCCCAGGCGGAGAUGUUCGCUGCGGAGCUCAAGGCCAAGGACGAGCUGCUGCAGGCGGGUGUGGGAGGACUAUCGCUAGGGGAUCAGCAGCAGCAGCAGACAGCCGGACCGCAGCAGCAGCAGCAGCAGACCUACCUGUUGGAGGCGCUAGACAAGUGGGAGAGCUUCGCCGGGGGGCCCACGGCGGCGGCAGGAACGGGAGCAGGAGCGAGCGGCGCCAAGGCGCCGCCUCGGCUGCACAAGGCACCUUACGGUUUCAUGGCCAUUCCCGUCCGUCCCAUCAUGUUGGAUACCGCCAGCAACUGCGUGUCGUACCCGAGCCUGGAGCACCGGCUGCGUAAAGUGUGUGGCCACAUAGGAGCGGCCGGGUGUGCGGCCAGGAGGAUCUUCUGUCAAUCGAAUGGAAAAAUUCGUUUCGGGCUUUUGAGUUCUGACCUGGUUACCGUUGAGUUUUAG